AUGAACGCAGCGAUCACGGGCGCGUGGUCUAAGCAACGUACACGUAUAUCGCUUAACACGGCCGUUCCUCCUGCCGGCUCAGCUGCAGCGGCUGCGCAAGCGCGUGCUGAGUCGAAAAAAGAUGAUGAUACAGAUACGGUUGUCGACAAACAAGAACGAGUUGGGAAACGUAAAGUUCGUGCAUCCCGUACACCAGAUCAGGUAUCCAAACGUGGGAAGACCAAGAGUGUAUCGAAAGAGGACAAAUAUGCAGCACCUAUGACGCGUCUCCGGGAUAUCGGUGGUGCCUCAGCAGCGAUUGAAAAGGCAUUGGAACUGAUUGCUAUGCCACUAUGCCAUCCCGAAAUCUAUUUGCAUACCGGUGUGACGCCGCCUCGUGGUGUAUUAUUUCACGGCCCACCUGGGUGUGGUAAAACAAUGAUGGCUGGUGCCUUGGCUGGUGAGCUAGGCGUGCCGUUCUUGUCGAUUAGUGCCCCGUCGAUUGUUUCAGGCACGUCGGGCGAGUCGGAAAAGGCACUGCGUGAUACGUUUGAGGAGGCCCAAAAAAUUGCACCGUGCAUCUUGUUUGUGGAUGAAAUCGAUGCAAUUACACCGAAGCGUGAGACGGCCCAGCGUGAAAUGGAACGUCGCAUUGUCGCUCAACUUCUUACGUGUAUGGACGAGUUGGCCUGGGAAAAAGGCGAUGGACGGCCUGUGAUGAUUCUCGGCGCGACCAACCGACCUGACUCAAUUGAUCCCGCUUUGCGUCGUGCCGGCCGCUUUGAUCACGAGAUCGCGAUGGGCGUGCCAGAUGAGGAAGGUCGGGAGCACAUUCUGCAAGUGCUCUGCAGCAAGCUUCGGCUUGCUGGCGACUUUGAUUUCAAGUACCUAGCCAAGCGCACACCUGGUUUUGUCGGUGCGGAUUUGACGUCGCUUACCGCUGCCGCUGGUAUUAUUGCUGUGAAGCGUAUUUUCCAGCAUCUGCAGGAUAUCCCUGCUCUGAACGAGGACAUGCAGUGCGACGAUACCCAAGAGGCAGCCGACAUGGAGGCAGCCAUGUCUGUGCCAGAAGUGACGGACGAUGCAGAGGCGCCUGAGACUAUUGGCGAGGUCGUCAAGACCCCCGUAGCCGAAGAGGAGAUGCAUGUGAUUACGGGCCCCCAGUUUUUGGACACAUUGCCAGACUCGGUGCGAUCCACGUCGAUUGCCACGUUUUUGCAGCGCUUCCCUCAUCCGCUACCUGAUGCUCAGUUGGAAAAGCUAGCCAUUACGAACCAGGACUUUUUGGAUGCACUCAAAGUUGUACAGCCCUCGUCGAAGCGUGAAGGCUUUGCCACGGUACCUGAUGUCACCUGGGACGAUAUUGGCGCUUUGCAUCAGAUUCGCGAGGAGCUAAGUAUGGCUGUUGUCCAGCCGAUUCGUCGACCUGAGCUCUUCCGCGCAUUGGGCGUGAGUGCUAGCUCGGGUGUGUUGCUAUGGGGUCCACCUGGUUGUGGUAAGACACUGCUUGCCAAAGCAGUUGCGAACGAAAGUCGUGCGAACUUUAUCAGUGUCAAAGGUCCAGAGUUGUUGAACAAGUAUGUCGGUGAGAGUGAGAAGGCGGUGCGUCAGGUGUUUGCACGAGCGCGUGCCUCGUCGCCCUGUGUCAUUUUCUUUGACGAGUUGGAUGCGUUGGUCCCUCGUCGUGACGACACUCUAUCGGAGUCGUCAGCGCGUGUUGUCAACACGCUACUCACCGAGCUCGACGGACUGGAAUCGCGUGUACAAACCUAUGUAAUUGCCGCGACGAACCGUCCUGAUAUGAUCGAUCCAGCGAUGUGCCGUCCAGGCCGUCUGGAUCGUUUGCUGUACGUCGAUUUGCCGACGUCAGAUGAGCGGCUGGAUAUCCUACGUACGCUGACCAAGGUGUCGCCCCUGGCUACGGAAGACGAGGCGGAUGGUGAGCGGCAUGCUGUGCAGCUUGAUCAGAUUGCGCAUGACCACCGCGCUGAUGGGUACAGUGGUGCCGACUUGGCUGCGCUGGUCCGCGAAGCCGCUGUUACGGCGUUGCGGGAGAAGAUUGCGUCGCCGCUGCAAUACAAUGACGAUACAACUGCUGUCACGGAGCGUGUAUGUAUCUAUCACCACCACUUUGUCCACGCCUUUGAUCGGGUUCAGCCCAGUGUCUCUACAGAGCAGCGCCUCAAGUACGAGGCGCUGCGUGGCCACAUUGCUUCAGGCGCUGGCCGUGCACGGUAG